AUGCCUUACAACACCCGUCGGAAAUCGCUCUCCUUGCCUUCGCUGGGCAUCCAUCUGCCUAACGGCUCUCGCGCACACCGCCCAUCUCCAAACACUCCUACACCACCUACCGGGACCACUACUUCUCCUUCACCUCCAGCGAAGAAGCUGAAGCGUUCUCACGAUGGCAAUGAACCUCUGUCACCAAUUUCCUCGCCACGCUCCAAGGCUGGCUCGCCCUCGAUCGACCACUCAACCGCCACUAUAGUAUACCAAGCCGCAGCCGGAUACACCCCUCCGGCAUCUCCAAAGCUCGGUGCGCCAGGCCGUAAAGUUGACACAGACGGGAUCAACGACGACAUUGUCAUCGCUGUGAUCGAGCAGCUGGAAAAGACAGGAAAUCGACCACACCUCAUCAAAGAUCUUGCUACAAUACUGGCAUCGACCAACACCAGUAUCGCCCACUCUGCGAAUCCAGCUGCACUACUGUCGUCCCGCCUCAGUCUAUACCUUAAGCGGUCAUGGACUGCUUUGUCGCCCUGCCCGCUGGCGAAGGAGCUGAUCCCAGUCCACCCACGGAAAGUCUUCUUCUUCCUCACCACCCAACCACGAAUGCCUUUGCCCUCCUCGUCAGACGACAUUUUACCGCCGCCCCUCUUGACAAUCAAGGACAUCACCCCUAGUGUCUCGGAUCACAGCCAAGGCGAUGAUGAAUUGGACCUCGACCGGCGAGAUCGAGCUCGCCUGUCUCCCAGCCCAGAGGUGGAGUUAUACUCACCUGACCUGGAUCAUGAUGACCCCAUGGAGCUCCCUACGCCGGGAGAGCACUUCAGCGCCAGGAGCAGUUUGAACCCAGACGGCACUCCUGACGUACGUCGUAAAUCAAAUCGUGCACCAAGCCCACCGCUGGAGGAUGACGAGCGGGGCUUCACAGAGACCGCAACCGCUGUCCGGGCGCGCGGUAUGAGCCUGCACAACCCUACUGUGCAAGCGUCGAUAGAACUGAACGAGAGGCCUGCCACCGCCGAAGUCUCGGAAGAAACCCCCGAGCAGCGCCAGAAACGUGAUCGGGAACUCGGCUUGGCUCUCUUUGGUCAGUCUCACCAAGCUCUUCACAUCCCCGAGCAGAAGGUAUUGGCAAGCAGCCCCAUGAUACAGGCUAAGCCUGAUCAUCAUGCCAACGUGACCAAGGUAAACUUGUCACUCGAUCUAGAUGAUAUCGAGAUGGGAGAGGCUUCUUGGAGUACGAUGAGCCCUGAACAGAUCGAUGUCGAAGAUCUCGAUGAGAUGUUCGUGGGGUUUUAA